AUGGUUGCUAAAGUAGACACGGUCAAACAACCCAAAGUAUGGGCCACUUUGGUAACAAAUAGCGAUUACCUCAAAGGUGUCCUAACACUCAAUUAUCGUCUUCGCUGCGUCAAGUCGAAAUACCCAUUGCUAGUUCUCUACACCAAUACGCUCUCCCAAGAUGGCCUCGAUAUCCUUGAGAAACGGGGCAUUCAGACACUAGAAGUUGAGAAGAUCGCGCCAGCCAGCUCACAGGAAUACCUUGACGAUCCACGUUUCCUGGAAUGCUGGACUAAAUUAGUCGUUUUCUCACUCACUGAGUACUCAAGAAUAGUCAUGCUUGACUCUGAUAUGCUGCCAUUGCACAACAUGGAUGAACUCAUGGACCUCGAGCUUGACUUCCCUUCGAUGGGAGAUGAGGGUAAGAGAUUGUUUGCUGCAUGCCAUGCCUGCACCUGCAACCCACUUCGCAAGCCGCAUUAUCCCCCCAAUUGGAUCCCAGCGAACUGCUCUCUCACGUCUCAACAUGACAAACCCGAGGUUGCUCAAAACACUGGAGCCAGUAUAUCCUCCGGCUUAGGCAGACUCAACAGCGGCCUUCUCGUCGUCAAUCCGUCUAAGAACAUCUUCAGCCAGAUCCUUGCCAAGAUGGAAGAUCCGGAUUGCAAGGACUACAAGUUCCCGGAUCAAGAUUUACUGGCAGAUCUAUUUGAGGGCCGCUGGGUGGCUCUACCUUACAUUUACAACGCCCUGAAGACAAUGCGCAAGCCUGACGUUCAUGGACAGAUCUGGCGCGACGAUCGAGUCAAGAAUGUUCAUUAUAUCCUAAGUCCGAAGCCUUGGGAUGAGCUAGGUGACGAUGGAUCAUGGACUGGUAGCCAGGAAAUUCACAAAUGGUGGUUUGAUGCAUACAGGUCUAUGCGUGCUGAGGAAAAGACUCUAGGGCUGUCGUAG